GGGCACACACACAGUUAAUCCUCGGCGGCUGCUGUUUGGAUAAAAUGCGCUGGGAGCGUUCGAGGCUCCGCGGCCACUCACAUCUGGCCCGGGUUUGCUCUUUACGCGUCUGUCCCGCUUUCUUCGGUUCUUCCUCUACUUUCGAGAAAUCGCGUUUCCGCUUCUGGCCAAAGAGACCUUGUAGCCGAGGAGAUCCAGGUGCCGGGGAGCGGCCGGCUGUCCGGCACCCCGACAACUUUCUGCGCCCUCUUCCCGGAGGACUUUUUCCUUCCUGCCUGCUCUCUCCUUCGACAAGUCUGGUCUUCCCCCGACCUGGCUGGGAGGUGGCUCCGCCGCUGGGAGAUGCUCUAAGAGAGGCCGCGGGGAGGACGCGGGCGCCCCGCUCGCUCCCGGACGCUGGUGGCUGGAGCAGGGCUCAGCGGGAAGAUGGGCCCCCAUGGGCUGGGACUCGCGCUGGCGUGCUGCCUGCUGCUGGCCUUCGCCUGUGGCCCGGUGCUGGGCCGCGUGCCCCGUGGGCAGCAGGAGCAGGAGGGGACCAGGGAGCCACCGCUGGACCACGCUGAGAGGGAUGAAGAAAAGCAUGAAAAAUACAACUCCAGGCAGGAAGAGGAGCCCCCCGCAUCCCGGUGCUUUCGCUGCUGUGACCCUGGUACUCCCAUGUACCAGGCCAUCCCGGUGCCCCAGAUCAACAUCACCAUCCUGAAAGGUGAGAAGGGCGACCGAGGAGAUCGGGGCCUGCAAGGCAAAUAUGGCAAAACAGGCUCCGUGGGCGCCAGGGGCCACACGGGACCCAAAGGGCAGAAAGGGUCCAUGGGGGCCCCCGGGGACCGGUGCAAGAACCACUACGCUGCCUUUUCGGUGGGCCGGAAGAAGCCCCUGCACAGCAACGACUACUACCAGACAGUGAUUUUCGACACAGAGUUCGUGAACCUCUACGGCCACUUCAACAUGUUCACGGGAAAAUUCUACUGCUAUGUCCCCGGCAUCUACUUCUUCAGCCUCAAUGUACACACCUGGAACCAGAAGGAGACAUACCUGCACAUCAUGAAGAACGGGGAGGAGGUGGUGAUCCUGUACGCCCAGGUGAGCGACCGCAGCAUCAUGCAGAGCCAGAGCCUGAUGCUGGAGCUGCAGGACCAAGACGAGGUGUGGGUGCGCCUCUUCAAGGGCGAACGCGAAAACGCCAUCUUCAGCGAUGAGUUUGACACCUACAUCACCUUCAGUGGCUACCUGGUCAAGCCCGCCACUGAGCCCUAGCCGCCCGCAGGCCUCCUGCUCCAUCGCCACAGGCUAACCUCCCGUUGUCCCCGUGCCCCGCCCUGCUCCGCCAGACCCCCUCCCCCACCCGGGUUUCCCUGGCCCACACGUCCCCAGCUUUGGCAUUCGACAUGAUGCCCCUCGCCGGAGUGGGAAGCAACAUCGGCUGUGUGGUCCCAGGCCUUGCCGUGUCCGCACAUGAAAUCACCAGGUGGGUGCCCGCGAGAGCUCCCCUCUGUGUGCACGUCCUUGAGUGACCCCUGCACGCGUGCCACGACACGCCAGGGUGUCCCAGAGUAAGCCACCCUUGCUCCCAUUGCUGGGAAUAAUUAAGCCAAUUCUCAAGGUUGUGAAAGGAGCAAAGUAAACCAUGGAAAAGAAAGGGAGGCAUUAUUAGUUUUGCCUUUCUGCCAGCCUCGCUGGCUCCAGGCAGGAGGGCUGUUUCCCCUCGACGCAGCAGGAGACUUCCUGUAAGAGAAGAUCUAAAGUGGAUGCCAAGGGUGACAGGGGA